CAGGAGCAUGAGGGGGAUUUUUUGGUUGUCCGCCUCCGAAUAAUUCUAUAGGCUACAUGCAUCACCUACUGCAAACCCAAAAUCGUACAUCCUCCACAACCUCUUUGAGCCUCAGUUGACCCGAUUAUCACAAGCAUUUGACAUUUCAUUUUUAUUUUUGUUUUUUUUGUUUUUUCCUCAAAAUAUUUAUUUAGCUUUUUCUGCUAGCAAGAUUGCCGAUUUUUUAUUUUGGGAAACCGGAAUAAUAUUUAGAUGACAAUAUGAGUGGCGGGGUUUAUGGCGGAGAUGAAGUCGGAGCCCUUGUGUUUGACAUUGGCUCUUUCUCCACUAGAGCGGGAUAUGCUGGUGAGGACUGUCCCAAGGCUGAUUUCCCGACCUCCCUGGGUGUGCUGGUGGAGGAAGAGGGUGGAGGAGAGCUGGGGGCAGAGCAGGAAAAGGCUGCUGGGAGAACCUUUUACAUGGACACCAACGCACUACACGUGGCCCGGGCUGGGGUGGAGCUGUUUUCCCCCCUGAAGAACGGCAUGAUUGAAGAUUGGGAAGCCUUCCAGGCCAUACUGGACCACACCUACUGCAAGCACAUAAAGUCUGAACCCAGCCUGCAUCCCGUGCUGAUGUCCGAAGCUCCCUGGAACACGCGGGUGAAGAGGGAGAAGCUCACAGAGUUGAUGUUUGAACACUACAAUAUCCCAGCAUUCUUCCUCUGCAAGACCGCCGUGCUAACAGCAUUUGCUAAUGGGAGGGCGACUGGUCUUGUGCUAGAUAGUGGAGCCACACACACAACCGCCAUCCCAGUGCAUGAUGGGUAUGUUCUUCAGCAAGGCAUUGUCAAAUCUCCUCUGGCUGGGGACUUCAUCACCAUGCAAUGCAGGGAACUGUUCCAGGAGAUGACCAUUGACAUAACCCCUCCAUACAUGAUUGCUGCCAAGGAGCCGGUGAGAGAGGGAGCACCCCCAAACUGGACAAAGAAGGACAAACUUCCACCUGUCACCAAGUCCUGGCACACUUACAUGUGCAAUGAGGUGAUUCAGGAUUUCCAAGCAUCUGUGCUGCAGGUAUCCGACUCCCCCUACGACGAACAAGUGGCUGCCCAGAUGCCCACCGUGCACUACGAGAUGCCCAGCGGGUACGCCACUGACUACGGCGCAGAGAGACUGCGCAUCCCAGAAGGCCUCUUUGACCCCUCCAAUGUCAAGGGUCUUUCUGGGAACACUAUGUUGGGAGUAGGACAUGUGGUCACCACCAGCAUCGGCAUGUGUGACAUCGACAUUCGGCCUGGUCUGUAUGGGAGUGUCAUCGUCACAGGAGGGAACACCUUGCUCCAGGGUUUCACAGAGAGGCUGAAUAGGGAAUUGUCUCAGAAGGCCCCUCCGAGUAUGAGGUUGAAGCUCAUAGCCAGCAACAGCUCUAUGGAGCGUCGCUUUAGCCCAUGGAUUGGAGGUUCUAUACUGGCCUCACUGGGCACCUUUCAGCAGAUGUGGAUCUCUAAGCAGGAGUAUGAAGAAGGGGGCAAACAGAGCGUAGAGAGAAAAUGCCCCUGAAACACAUCCCUUUAUGUACAUUUACAAACGAUAGGGGCAAAUGAAAGGCAAAACUGACUGCCAGCUAACAGAGGACAAAUACAGUCAUCCAAGCCAAUACUCUCUCCUGCUCUAAAUAUAUGUUAAUUUUCUCUGUCUGUCCUUCUUUAGAUUCCUCCUCUGCCUUUUCUCUCUGGCCUUCUCUCUGUCUCUUCCUCUUCAUCACUUCCUCCCUGGUUCUGCCCCUGGUCUCCCUGUAUAUACAGCUCAGACUGUCACCAGCAUUCCUGCAUGUUUCCUCGUCAGUCUGUCUAUCUGUCUUUGCUCCAUCCGUAUAGCCCAUCUGAACCCAUAACAUCCGAGGUGGUGGGUCUGUUCCCAAUGGGAGAUUGUGAUGGGGCAGAUCUCAUUCACUCUGAGCCAGUGUGACUCGCAUAAACUCAAUUCCAUUCAGUCUGACCUUUGAAAUUACAUUCAGGAAAAUAAACAUGAACAAAUGGAACCCAUA